ACUCCCAAAGGUCAUGUAAAGGAGAUGAGCUUGUUACCAAGAAACACCACAGAUUCUUUUCUAACGGUCCAGAAUCGAGCUCUUCUAACCCGAUGUUGAGAGAGAGGCCUAUCUGACCUAGAUUAACCAUACCAAGCAAAGCUUGCAGCCUCACUCUAUCCAUCCAUGGCUUCUACGGUUCUCUGCAACUUCCUUUCCUUCACAUUACCAUCACAACGACUUCCCACCAAUAAACCCAGAACCCAACUCAUCUUUUCUUCUUCUUCUUCUUCAUCUGUUCCUUGUGGUUCUCUUAUUUCUAUCUCAUGUUCCAGAUCGUUUCAGAAUGGUAUCUACGGAAAUGAGUUAGUUCCAGUAGUGGAGAACGAGCCUCAUUCUUCUUAUUCAUCGGAUUUAUUGCCCGUGGUAUGCCCUUCUCUUCUUUACGCGAAUACCCUUUUCUUCAAAUCUGCAUACAACGUUCAGGUCAUUGUGGGUGAAGAUGAAUCAGAAGAGGCCUUGCUUAGGAGGUUUCGGAGGGAAGUAAUGAAGGCUGGAGUAAUUCUGGAAUCCAAGAGGAGAAGGUACUUUGAGAACAAGCAGGAUGAGAGGAAGAGAAGGACCAGAGAUGCUGCUAGGAGGAAUCGAAGAAGACGAACCUUCACCCCGAGAACUCCACCUCCAGAUAAGCAGGAAUCAUCGAACAAGAAGAAGGAUGAGGAUGAAGAAGAAGAUAACUGGGAAAUUCUUGAAGGAGACCUUCCCUAUUGACUUCCUUUUUUCCCUGUUCUCUCUGUGUAGAACUUGCAUCCUCUGGGGCAUCUUUAUGUUGUAAGUUUCUCUGUAGUGUCCUCUUCCUUUGGUUGUAAAGAGCAAGCAGCUUUGUUCCUUCCUUUGAUUAACAUUCAUAGGCCAGAAAUAAAAUAUGAUUUUGCGUUGGUUGUUUAAA